UAUUUAAUAAAAAUUGUAAUUAUUUCAGAAGCCAAAAGUUCAUUGUGUGUUGGCUGUGGUGGUUGGAUCCACGACCAAUGGAUCUUGAGGGUAGCACCAGACCUUGAAUGGCAUGCAGCAUGUUUGAAAUGUGCCGAAUGUCAGCAAUUUUUGGACGAAAGAUGUACUUGCUUUGUCAGAGACGGAAAAACUUACUGCAAACGUGAUUACAUAAGAUUGUUUGGGGCCAAGUGCGAUAAAUGUAAUCUAUUAUUCAACAAAAACGAGCUUGUGAUGAGAGCAAAAACGAAAAUCUACCACAAAGAAUGUUUUCGUUGUUCGACGUGUAUGAGGAAGUUGGAAACGGGUGAUCAGUUUGCCCUGAGACAAGACGGGCUCUUCUGCCGUCACGACCACGACAUGCUGGAGAGUGGAAAAUAUUGUACAGGUGCUGUAGAUACUGCUGGAAAUGAAAAUAACAACAAUGCUUCAUUAACAAACAAUAAUCAUCAUCUUCAACCAAACGACGGUUCCAUGUCCGACUCUGGCUCGGAAAGCGGAUCCCACAAAGCGGCCAGUAAUACGCGAGUACCCGGUAGCCACAAAAGCGGAGGUGGUUCUGAUGGCAAACCAACUCGAGUACGUACUGUGCUGAAUGAAAAGCAGCUUCAUACGCUGAGAACUUGUUACGCAGCGAAUCCCAGGCCAGAUGCCUUGAUGAAGGAACAACUUGUGGAGAUGACUUCCCUAAGUCCUCGGGUUAUAAGAGUCUGGUUCCAGAAUAAACGGUGUAAAGACAAGAAGAAAACAAUUGCUAUGAAACAACAAAUGCAACAAGAAAAGGAUGGACGCAAGUUGGGAUUCGGCGGCAUGCAUGGAAUUCCUAUGGUUGCUAGCAGUCCGGUGAGACAUGAAAGUCCUAUUGGAAUAACUCCUCUGGAAGUUCAAGCUUACCAACCACCAUGGAAGUCACUUUCUGAUUUUGUUAUGCACACAGAUCUUGAUAGGAUGGAUCCAAACGCUCCGUCGUUUCAUCAUUUAGUGUCUCAGGUGGUGGACCUCUACCGCCUCCAGGGCAUCUUCAUCCUGGUGUUGGUUCGGGUCCAGAUAUGGGCCAACACCCUGACAGUACAGACAGCUAUGUUACUUAUU